UCUUCAAAAGUGGAACAGAAACUUGACGAAUCACRCGUCAUGGCACAUAAAUAGCUGCAACACAUCCAGCAUUUCUGUGCGACUUUUUUUCAUGYGCAGGCCGGACCCUGAAGAGAAGAUGGGCGCUUCAGGCUGGGCUGUCUUUUUUACAUGCAUUUUGUGUAAAGUUGUUAACAGUGAGUCUUCCUUGUGGAAAUCUACGAUGCCAUCCUCAGUUAAAGGUCUGAGUGGGUCCUGCGUGGUGAUCCCGUGCUCUUUUUCGUACCCGAAUCCACCGAAGACGCCCACUGAGUUCAAAGGAAUGUGGUUCGUUGAGACAGUCACCAUCUUUCACCCACAACAAUCUGAGAUACAGCAGAACUACCGGACUCGGACGAAGCUGCUGGGAGACGUUAAGAAUAAAAAUUGCACUCUGAUGAUUGAUCCUCUUCAGUCGAAYGACACGGGGCCUUUCAGGUUCAGGAUUGAAAUAAAGGGCUUCGACAAUUAUUCCUACAAUGAAAGAGUCUCCAUUUCAGUGCGGAGUAAGUAAAUCUACAUCCAAAUAACAUCUUUGAAACUACAAAAUAACUCCA